UCGAGCUGAGGAGAGCGAGGUCAGAGCUGGGAGCCGGGGCCCCGGGGAGCCGCUGACUGGGGGCCACGGAGAGCAGCCCCCCCGGGAGAUGAGUGCGGCCCGCGGGCCGGAGCUGGGCGGGAGGCUCACUGGCUGCUCGGAUACUUUACUCCGGGGAUUGGGCCUGGACUGAGAGUACCUACCGCCCGGACACUGACACCUACCGGAACAACAUGGCGGCCUCCAGGGGUAAGAAAUGGGACGUAAAUGCAGCCCUCAGUGACUACGACCAACUUCGACCGGCAAAUGCUGGAGGUCUGGGCCAUUCGUUUACUGAAGGUCGCAGCUUUAAAGCCCCUGAAGUAGUUCGUUCCAUGAGGCCGGCCCUCCAGCGGCAGGAUGAUAUCGUCCAAGAAAAGCGCCUGUCCAGAGGAAUCUCUCAUGCCAGCUCCUCCAUUGUCUCCCUUGCUCGUUCGCACGUUUCCAGUAACGGUAGCAGUGAGCAUGCCCUUGAGACGCCUGUUUGCACUUUCCAGCUCCCAGACCUGACGGUGUACAAAGAUGAAUUCCGCAGCUUCAUCGAACGGGAUCUGAUCGAACAGUCUAUGCUUGUAGCGUUGGAGCAUGCAGGUCGCCUCAACUGGUGGGCACAGGUGGAUCCCAGCUACCAGAGACUUCUCCCCUUGGCAACCACAGGCGAUGGGAACUGCCUGCUGCAUGCAGCAUCUCUUGGAAUGUGGGGUUUCCACGACAGAGAUCUCAUGCUUCGGAAGUCCCUGUAUACGCUGAUGGAGAAGGGGGCAGAGAAGGAGGCUCUGAAACGGAGGUGGCGAUUUCAGCAAACUGUGCAAAAUAAAGAGUCGGGUCUCGUAUACACAGAGGAGGAAUGGCAGAAGGAGUGGAAUGAUUUAAUAAAGCUGGCAUCCAGCGAGCCACGCAUGCAUUAUGGCACUAACGGUGGCAACUGUGCAGGGGCUGAAGGCUCGGAGGAACCUGUGUAUGAGAGUCUGGAGGAGUUUCAUGUUUUUGUACUGGCACACGUGCUAAAGAGACCUAUUGUAGUGGUAGCUGACACGAUGCUGAGAGAUUCUGGAGGAGAAGCUUUUGCCCCCAUACCAUUCGGCGGCAUCUACCUUCCUCUGGAGGUCCCUGCUAAUAAAUGUCACAGCUCUCCACUGGUGCUGGCAUAUGACCAGGCGCACUUCUCUGCCCUCGUAUCUAUGGAGCAGAAUGAGCAAAGCAAAGAACAAGCUCCAUUUAUCCCCCUGACGGACUCCGACCAUAAGCUGCUUCCUGUUCACUUUGCGGUAGAUCCUGGGAAGGACUGGGAAUGGGGCAAGAAUGAUUCAGACAAUGUCAGACUUGCAAGUGUUGCCAUCUCUCUGGAAGCAAAGUUGAAUUUUCUGCAUAAUUACAUGACGGUCACCUGGCUGUCCCUGCCCUGUGAAACCCAGGCACCACUUGCCCAACCAGAAUCUCCGACUGCUUCAGCUGGAGAUGACGCUCGCUCAGCUGCCGAAUCCGGGGAAUCUGACAAAGAGUCUGUGUGCAGCAGCUCUGCAAGCAAUGGGGGAAACAAGGGCGUAAAGGAAAAGGACAAAGAGAAAGAACGUUUAAAAAAAGAAAAGGACAAAGAGAAAGAGAAGAAGCGGGCGGAUUCGGUAGCGAACAAGCUAGGAAGCUUUGGAAAGAGCCUCGGCAGCAAGUUGAAGAAGAACAUGGGAGGGUUAAUGCACAGCAAAAACGUGAAGGCCGGCGUAAGUAACGGCCAAGGGGACACACUGGAAAAGAAAAAGAAGAGUUCUUUGAAGGGCAGGAAAGGAAGCAAGGAAGAAGCUUUGCAGGGCGAUGUAUCAACUUCGUCUGAGAAGAUCAACUCUAGCAAAGCUCCAACAGACAAAGCACAGGGUGAUCCUUACAAGUACAGCAACGAUGUCAAGCUCAGCCUGAGCAUCUUGCGGGCAGCCAUGCAGGGCGAGCGCAAGUUUAUCUUCGCCUGCCUCCUUAAAACCAGUGACAGGCAUCCUUACCAAAAGCAGAUGAUUCAGCGGUAUCUUGCCGAUGCAGAAGAACGAUUUUUGGCUGAGCAAAAGCAGAGAGAGGCCGAAAAAAAGGCCAUCAUGAACUGUGGCACAGCAAAGAGGUUGGAGCAGGAUGUAGUAGAACCAAAAGCGGAUGAUUCGCUAUCUCUGCCUUCAUAUUCCCAAGUAACUAACAAUUAUGGAGUACAAGGGAUGGAUUAUGGACCAGGUUUCAAAGGUGCGUUACCUUCCAGUUACUCUGGUGGUUUUACAAUCCCCCGACCUUCCAUAGUAAACACAGCUGAGAGUUCGCACCCUCACAGCUACCAGGACAGUAGGAGGCAGGUUGCCGGGGGUUCUUGCAACAACCUGCCUUCUUAUGCCACACUUCCUCGACACUGCAUGCAGGCUCGGCCUCAUCCAUACCAGUCCAGCUCUCCCCAUAUGGGCAGGCUUCCACUCCUUGAGACAGACUUGCCUCCUGUCUAUCCUGUAGACGGUGACCAGACGCACUGCAUAACACACAGCAACGGCUACAAAGAGUACCCGGAUCCCAGCACCCUACCGCGGGCUGCGCCAUCGGACGCAAAGACACGGACAUUAUAUAACGUGCAGCAGACCAAGUGUAAGCAACUAAACUGCACUUUUUAUGGACAUCCAGAAACGGGAAACUACUGCUCCUACUGUUACAAAGAGGAACUUAGGAGGAAAACCCGUGAAAAAGAGGCUUUAAUACAUAGAUUCUGAAGAAUCCUACUCUACUUGGUUUUGACUUAAAAUCUAUAAAGCGUUGGGCAGGGCCAUAAAGGGAAGGAUGCAAUAUAUACUUUCCAACCUUCUCCUUGGAGCGUCCAUUGGGUUGUCGAUCUCCUCAACACUACCACGUAGUAGUUAAGGAAAUCAGAAUGUUA